GUAUUUAGUUAGAAAUAGAAAUGAAAAAAUUUUUAGAAGGCUUAUUGAUCUGGUUAGUAAUUAUUGUUCUUAUUUCAGUUGCUUAUAUUCAGUUCAGCGGAAAUGUAGGUAAAAGUAAAACAAUUAUACCUUUUUCGGAAUUUUUAACUAGACUAGAAGACAAUGAUGUAGAAAAUAUUGUCAUAAAAAACCAGAGCAUUGAAGGCAAGUUCAGGGACGGUUCAAGUUUCAAUUCAAGCGGUGUCAUAUAUAGCGACCUAAUAAAAAAUUUACAUGAUAGAAAAGUGAGAUUCUCCUUUUCAACUGGAGAUUCUGCCAUGAACGUAAUUGGUGGAUUACUUAUCUCAUGGGUCCCAACAUUUAUCUUUAUUGGCUUCUUGCUAUUCUUUCUUAAACAAACACAAGCGGGGGGCAACAGAACUAUAAGCUUUGGCAAGUCAAGGGCUAGACUCAUGACUAGUGGAAAAAAAGUAACAUUUGAUGAUGUUGCCGGAAUUGAUGAAGCAAAAGAAGAGCUAGUAGAGAUCGUUGAUUUUCUUAAACAAAGGCAAAAAUUUCAAAUAUUAGGUGGAAAAAUACCAAAAGGGUGCCUUUUGAUUGGCUCUCCUGGAACUGGUAAAACUUUACUUGCUCGUGCAAUUGCAGGAGAAGCUAAUGUGCCAUUCUUUAGUAUUUCUGGAUCUGAUUUUGUUGAAAUGUUUGUGGGUGUUGGUGCAAGUCGUGUUCGUGAUAUGUUUGAUCAAGGCAAGAAAAAUGCUCCUUGUAUAAUUUUUAUAGAUGAAAUAGAUGCGGUGGGUAGACAUCGUGGCAUUGGUCUUGGUGGCGGCAAUGAUGAAAGAGAACAAACAUUAAAUCAGUUAUUAGUUGAGAUGGAUGGCUUUGAGUCUAAUGAAGGUGUAAUAAUAAUUGCUGCGACUAACCGUCCGGAUGUCUUAGAUCCAGCACUGCUUAGACCUGGUCGUUUUGACCGACAGAUUACUAUUUCUUUACCCGAUAUAAAUGGGCGUGAAAAGAUAUUAAAUACUCAUAUAAAGAAAAUAUCAAUAGCACCAGAUGUAAACGUGAAAACAGUUGCAAGAGGAACACCAGGUUUUUCAGGGGCUGAUCUAGCAAAUUUGGUGAAUGAAUCUGCACUUAUCGCUGCAAGAAGAAACAAGAAGAUUGUUACCAUGGAUGAUUUCGAAUAUGCACGUGAUAAAGUGAUGAUGGGCGUAGAAAGGCGAUCUCUCAUUAUGACAGAAGAGGAAAAGAGACUGACUGCAUACCAUGAAGCUGGUCAUGCGAUGAUUGCUGUUAAUAUGCCUGCUUCUGAUCCUAUACACAAGGCAACAAUUAUUCCACGCGGUAGGGCACUCGGUUUAGUUAUGAGACUACCAGAAACAGAUAGAGUGUCCCUCACAAGAGAAAAGAUGCUAGCAGAUAUAACUGUUGCAAUGGGUGGAAGAGUGGCAGAAGAGCUAAUUUUUGGCUACGAUAAAGUCACAAGCGGUGCAUCUUCGGAUAUAAAACAAGCAUCUGAUUUAUCACGCGCUAUGGUAACAAAAUGGGGAAUGAGUGACAAAAUAGGCCCGAUCUAUCACAAUCGCGAACAAACCAUACAUGGUUCUGAGAUAAUUUCUGAAGAUACGUUAAAACUUAUAGAUGAAGAAGUGAAGAAAGUUGUAUCUUCUUGCUAUGAAAAAGCAAAAGACAUUUUGACCAAGCAUAAGAAAGGCUUAGAUCUCAUUGCCGAAAAUCUACUGGAGUUUGAAACUUUAACAGGAGAUGAAAUAAAGGACAUAUUAAAUGGAAAAAAAAUUGUUAGAGAGGAAAAUGAGAAGAAUGAGAAAAUAAAAAAAUCCUCUCUCUAUGAGAGUUGACCUCAUCUUAAAAAUGCUAAUCAGCUAACGCUGCAAUAAAACAUUCAGAAUUGUAACUGUCAAUAUAAAUUGUAUUAAAAUAUUCAUAAUAUUGCAUUUUCAUCACAAUAAUGCUAUCAUUCAGUUAGUAUUAAUGUUUAAUGAGGUGUGAGUAAUGAUUGAUAUAGCUUCUAUUGGUGUAAGUACAGUUAUUGAUCAGAAUUAUAGAAGAAAAGCACAAUUAUGUUUAUCAGGAUUAUUUGUAACUGUGUCAAUAGCAACUGUUACCUGGUUUAUUUUCC